GUCUAAUACUUUUAUAACCAUUGCCAAAUCGUUAUUAAGCCAAAAUUGGGAUAUAAGUUAACUACGAAAGACAACAAGUUUUAAUAACAGUUAACCUGAAAAGGUACAUAACGUAUGUAUAGACCCGUCAACGGAUUGAAAGACACAAGCAAAAGUGUGUAUUAACGGCCAAUGGACCGAAUCUGGACAUCCAUCAAGAAUAAUUCGAAGGAAGAGUUUUAUUCAUGCCUUGUAGCUAUCAAGAACGAGCGCAUUGAUUACAAUGCUAUAUACAGGAUUGUUCCUUUCUGUGUACUGUUUAACAGACCUAAUUUAAUAAAAGUGUUCUUCACGGAGUUUAAAACAACGCUUGGUGUUUCUUUGUACGAGUCGUCGGUUAGGAAUCAAAUUCCUCUUCAAACUUUGAUUCGUCUUGCAACAAUAUUUGGUUACCAGGAGUGCAGCUCGGAAAUACAAUUGAUGCAUUUACACAUUUCUUCAAAAAAAACUGGAACGGGAAACGAAGGUUUUAAUUCAGCAAACAUACUUUCAAGGUAUGACAAAGAGGAUGAGGAUUAUCAACUCUUUAGUUCUGUUCUAACCAUCGGCGAAAAUAAGUUGGUCCCAUCAAGCGUCAUAUUAGACCAUUGUAAAAUCCUGCAACUAAAUGGUAGAGACAUAAAUUCUUCAGGGCGUUACUCGAUUUUGUACAGUAUCGCAAAUGGAGCAAAACGAUUUUCUGAAUUGUUUACCAUAGCACUUAUGUGCGGGGCAGAUAUCAAUCAGAAAAUGAGUGGAAAUCGAACAGUAUUCUUUGUUUUGUACCACUAUUUAGCCGGAAUGUACCACAGGAUAAGGGAGUCAACAGAAAUGACAGCAAAAUUUCUUAAAGCAUGUCUGUAUGAGAAUCCAACGUUAGACUUUAAGAAUAAAAAAGAUGUCUUCAGGAAUGCAUUGUAUCGUGACUUGUGGGAACAUUGGGCUGAAGACAAAGCACCACAAACGAUAGACAUGGAACGUUUUGCUCCAUUCUCAUAUGUUGCUCUGAUGUUUGAAGCAGGAGUUGACUAUCCUGUUCACAAAAUAAGUUGUCCGAUCUUUCUUGAGAAGACAAUUCAGUACUUAGAAAGAAGAGUACCACAACUUGCGAUACACGUAUGUGGUCAUCAGAAAAUGAUUCCCCCAGAUGUAAAGGAAAGCUAUAUAGAGUACAUUGCCAAUGUAUUGCGCCGUUGUUGUAUGCCGCGAUCCUUGAAGGACCUGUGCAAGUUGAGAUUGAGGCGUGAGUACCCGGGCAGAGGUAUUCACAAGACAAUAAAUCGACUCCAUUUACCCGCCUCUGUUAGAGACUUCAUUCUUAUGGAAGGGUUCAAUACCCUCAAUAUGGAAAUCAUAUCGUGAAUAUAACUUCCGGUCUUGGUUAGAGAUAAGAUAUUUAUUUAUAGAGGAAAAUCUUUACCUGACAACUCAGCGUUAGACACUUUUUAAAUGUGUUUCAAUGCCCUGAAUAUACAAAUGCUGUUGUGAAAUUACUUGCCGACUAACUAGAACAAUUAAGGUUAGAGAUAUUUGUGUAUGACAUCAUUCUUACUCGUGAAAUAAAAAUUCUGAACCCUAGACAUUUUUUGGAAAGGCGACAUAUUGAUUCCACUGCGUAUAAUGUCCACAUCGCCUGGCGGUUGUAAGUAUCAAUUGUAAGUGAAAAUGUUGAUAUAGAACUGAACUGAACAGAAGUUAUUACACGUAAACUAUACAGUUCUUUGUGUUUCAUAUACAUAUUAAAUAUAUUACAAUUACAAUUAUGCAAUGUGGUGUGAAAUAUUAAAUCAAUAGUAUAAUCAAUCUUUGUUUAAGGAUGAACUGGAAUUGUAAAUCACAAAUCUAUCAAACUAUUAUAGUAUACAAUAAAAUAACCAAUAGUUUGCUUUUUAUAUACUAAUAUAUGUUGGAACAAAUGAUAUUCAACUGAUCAAUUUCUAACAUUAAAACAUUGUCUAACAUUGUAUAUAUAAACAUAAAUGGUAAAACAUAGUUACAAAUGUUAACCAAGCAUACUACUGCUUGAGAUAAAUAUGUGUAUCAAGGCUUAUAAUUAUAGAUUCAUUUAUGUAGUAGAACGCACCUUAAAUGUUUCCGAUAUAUAUUUGUUUAACAUAAAUGUUUCAGAUGUG